AUGGCUGAUCUAAUUCGAGCUAUGGGAGCGCCUAUAGGACCCCCUAUAAAGGAUAAGCUGGGAUCACCGUCUACUGAAUCCGAGGAUGGGGGUGGUGAUAUUGCUGAAUUAACUGCAGAUUUGGAAUUAGAUGAAGCUGAUGGACCAAGCACUAAUGGGGAACGUCAAGCAGUUCUGGCUCCACCUGAGACGGAGUGGUAUCAUGGUCGUUUGGACAGAUACACAUCAGAAGAACGUCUCUGGGCUGCUGGGAAACAUGGCAGUUAUUUAGUUCGUGAAAGUGAUCGUAAGCCAGGAUCAUAUGUGUUAAGUUAUUUGGGACGAACUGGAAUUAAUCAUUUCAGAAUAACUGCAGUAUGCGGUGAUUACUACAUCGGUGGUCGUCAGUUUGACUCCUUGACCGAGCUUGUUGGUUUUUAUAGCCAUUGCUCUGAUUUGUUAAAACGUGAGCGUUUACUUGAACCGGUGCCUCCUCCUGAACCUGUUAAUGAUAAAAAGAGAGUUGUGGCCAUUCUGCCAUACACCAAAAUGCCGGACACUGAUGAAUUAACUUUCCAAAAGGGUGACAUCUUCUUUGUGCAUAAUGAUAUGGGUGAUGGCUGGUUGUGGGUCACUGCACAUCGGACGGGUGAGCAAGGAAUGAUUUUUAGGGAGUUGGUUGAGGACCUCGACCCAUCCAUCGAUCCAAACACCGUAUUCUCCUGGUUUCAUCCCAAUUGCACCAAGAGUGAAGCCGUUGAUAUGCUGGUCAAGGCUGGACCAGGGAGCUUUCUUGUCAGGCCUUCAGACAAUUCCCCCGGAGAUUACUCCUUAUUCUUCCACAUCAACAAUCAGAUCCAGAGGUUCAGGAUAGAGAAGAAGGGUGUGAGGUACUUGAUGGGAGGCAGGACCUUCGAAUGUCUUGACGCGGUCAUCAACAGGUAUAGGAAGGAACAGAUUGUGGAAGGACAUACUUUGGGACAACCUUUGAUCGCCGAAGGUCACGUGAUAGAGCCGCAACAGAACACUACAGGAGCGGCAGCGGAGAAGAUCUACGCGACUCUAAGAGAAUGCAGGGAUCAGAUUGGCUUAAAGAAGAUGAAGGGUAUCAAACAUCAAGGUUAUCUACACAAGAAAUCAGAUAAAGGCGCGAAGAAGUGGAAAGCGCUGUACUUUGUCCUCUUGCAAGAAGGAACCGAUACACAUUUGUAUUUCUAUGACUCGCCAAAACGUACCAAACCAAAAGGACUUAUUGAUUUGUCAUGUGCUUACUUAUACCAGGUGCACGAGUCUCUAUGGGAGCGUGAGUUUUGUUUCCAAUUAGUAGAGCGUGCGUUGCCUUGCCUCUCUACUCAUACCUUCUUGGCCGCUGCAUCAGCCGGAGAAUUAAGAGCCUGGCUUGAAGCAUUGAGACCGCUGUGUGUACCACAACAGGCUAGACAUCAUUGCAAGGUGGCUCGUGUAGUGUGGCUGCGUGCUCUCCGCGUCCGUUGUGUGACCGCUCACCGUCUGCCCGCUAGGCUCGCCCCGCGGCCUUACCUGCGUCUCGCGUUAGGAGCCGCGCCCGUAGCACGCACUAGGGCCAGACCUUCGCCCGACCCGCACUGGGAUGAUGAGUUUGUUUUCGAUGACGUACCACCGGAUGUAACAUCGUUUACCAUCACCGUACACAAUACCGGAAAGAGAGGGAAAGAAUCAGAAGUAGCUGAACUUACUAUUGAACUUGCAAAUUUGGCUAAUGGUGAAGAAGUAGAAGAAUGGUAUCCGCUUGCGGGAAUGACGCCUAUUGGCGAGUGGGGUUCCUUGAGACUUCGUAUAAGAUACAUGCAAGAGCUGGUGAUGCCUCGUGAGGAGUACAACCCAUUACGUCAGCUUCUCCUCGAGCCCGGCUUGCCGGCCGUCAAGGCGCUGGCUGAUCUCUGUCGCACGGACAGACAACCUUUGGCUACAUCGGUAUUACACGCGUUCUCCGAGUGCGGCCGCGGGGCGGAGCUAGCUCGUGAAUUGUCAGCGGCUGAAGUAUCUCGCGAGGCUGAUCACCGAGCAUUGUUCCGAGCCGCCUCCCUUGCAACCGCAGUACUCGAUGAGUUCAUGCAUGCACUAUGCAAGCCAUUCCUACAGGCUGCUAUAGCGGAGACGGUACAGAAGUUGAUAGAUUCAAAACAGUCAGCUGAGUUGAAUCCUACAAAGAUGGACUCACCGGAUGAUGCUUGUAACAACGCUGAGUUCCUGUUGAUGAUACUCGACCAGAUAACACUAUCAAUCUUCACGUCCCCGGAGGCGUGUCCCCGUCCUAUACGCUAUCUGUGCGGUUGUUUGCAACGAGCGGCUGUAGCGAAGUGGCCGAACGAACGAUUCGUAAGGACUAGGGUUGUAUCUGGAUUUAUCUUCCUGCGCCUGAUCUGCCCUGCGUUAGUUGAGCCUCGUUCGUGGGGCCUGGUGACGUCAGCGCCGCCGCCUCACGCACAACGCUCGUUACUGAUGGUGGCUAAAUGUCUGCAGAAUCUCGCAAAUCUCAUUGAAUUCGGGGCUAAGGAGCCGUACAUGGAAGUGGUGAAUCCAUUUAUACUGAAAAACAAAGAGCGUAUGGUUGUGUUUUUGGACCAGUUGAGUUCAGUACAAGACCCCGGCAACCCGCCACCGAAUUCAAACAAUAAUUUUGACAUAGCAAAGGAGCUAGCAACCAUUCAUCACAUCUGCGUGUCACAUUUGGCGGAACUGCAGAAUCUGGCCAAGACCCAGACAGCCAUCAGGAAGACACGCCUUUAA